AACCUUUUUCUUUUAUUUUUUUGAGGUGGUACGAGAGGGCAACUAGGAUUCGAACAAGCAGGGCGUUCACGAAUACUCGAAUUGCGAUCCUGGAAGAAGAGGGAACAAUAUGUGCUAGGAACGCUGGGCGAACGAGUUUCGAUUUAUUAGCAGAAGCGGCUGAAGUUUUGAGGUGGUGUCAGACUGCGAAUUGGGAUUGAGACAGCGCAACGACGAAAGAUGGCAGAUGCGGAUCUAGAGACCGUGGAUCUGUCCCCUGCGGCAGAGGCGACGACGAUGCCGAUCGAGGAGCCUGUGACGAAGAAUGGGAAUGCAGCUUCAGCGGGCUUCGUUCCUCUUGUUACGGUCGUGGGCUUUCACCAUGCGAGAGGCCCCGAAGUCGAGAAUUGGUUCGGUGCAGAAGAGGGCUCUGACCCAGCUAUCGACAAUGAAUGGCCUCUCCUCCCCUUCAUGGCUCUCUCUGAUGGCGCCCAUGCAAGCACAGAAGAUUUCUCCUACUUCACGCUCCUCCGGCCCGCGACCAAGUCCCUCCCUGCCACCUCCCUCUUCGGCAUCUCCUGCACGCGGCAAAUGGAUGCCUCGGCGCUGCUCAACCGCCCCGCGGACGUGACCCGCUCCACGGUGCAGAAAGCCGUCGUGGUGAUCGCGGACUCGCCGCAGUUUUUCGGCAUGCUGCGGGAGCGGUUGGGGGUCGUGACCACGGCGUGGUUCGCGCAAAGGGAGUUUGGCGAUACGGAGAUCCUGAAGCGGUUCCAGGAGAGCUUGAGGGAGGAAAAGGAGAGGGGUGUGGGGCAGGGGGAGGAGGAUCGGGAGGAGUAUCUGGGGAUGAGUUUGAGGGAGUUGGUUAGGGAGUUUAAGUGGCAGACUUUGGUGCUGUUUAAGUGCUGUUUGUUGCAGCCUAAGAUGUUGUUCUUUGGGAGUAGGUGUGAGAGGUUGUGUAUGAUGCAGUUUUCGCUCAUAUCGUUGAUUCCGGGUCUUAUAAGGAAUUUGCAGGACUGUGCGGAUCCGGAGUUGGAUGGGUAUGAGAAGCAUAUGUCGAAGCCGACGAGUUUGAAGACGAGUGAUAGGAGUUCUUUGUUGAAUUAUAUGGGGUUGCCUUUACAGAUUUUCGGAAAGGGAAGUCUAUUCGGUCCCUAUACCCCUUUACAACAACUCGAUAUCCUAGCAGACUACGGCACAAAAUCAUAUAUAGUCGGCUCAACCAAUUCCCUCUUACUCCAGCAAAAAGACCGCUACAGCGACAUCCUGAUCAACCUCGACAACACAACCAUCAAUAUAACCUCCAGCUCCCUCCGAGCGGCUCUCGCUCUCUCCAUAGCUGACCGCCGCUGGAUCGACUUCAUAACCCAAUCCGUAAACGAAACCUGGGACGAUGCCAACCCCGGCCGUCCCAAGACCAUGGGCUACGUCGGCUCCGAGGAAUUCAUCCGUCUCCAAUUCGAAGAGUACCUACUCUCCCUCAUCUCCGCCGUCAAAUGCCACAAUUACAUGCAACACCACGCCCACAACCCCAACGUCAUGCUCCCUCAAGUCGAAGGCGACCCUUCUACCGAUUUUGGCGCAGAUUGGAUAGAAGCGUGGUCGCGGUCCGAGAAUUACCGCAUCUGGGACCGCUACACCGAUUCCCACCUCUUUGACAUCGUCGAGCCUAAGCAUCCUUGCGCAGGCGGGCUAACGAUCGAAGACGUGCAGAGGAGACUCUCAGAACAGGUCAAGGAAUUCCAUCUCGACGAGCGAUUCGCGGUCGGCAAAGAAGUCCUGGGCCGGAAUCUAGCGGCGGGCAAAGAGAAGGCGAGUACGGUGUUUAAUAAACUAUACGCGGAUAUGGAAGCCUUGCGAGAAUCUCAGCGGAGGAAACACGAAGAAGCCAAACGAGAGGCGGAGCGGAACGGGCUUCCGAGCCCGGGGUUCCAGGCCCCGGAUCUGAAUGGCGCGAGGCAGACGGUGCAGAGCGUGUCGAGUAAAGCGGGGGCGUAUAUCGGCAGUUGGGGCACGUGGAUGGGGGAGAAGAGGAAGGCGGGGUGGGGGAGGAAUGCUGCGCCUGUGGUGCAGCAGCAACAGCCGAAGAAGGAGAAGGAGAAUCUCCCGAGACCACCACCGGUGGUGGAGAAAGAGGAGAGGCCGAAGACGAAUGAGAGUUAUAAGGAGAGUUUGUUUGAUGCGGAGAGUCCGAAGAAGGAGGAGCAUGCAACGCCUGUGCAUCGUUAUCCCGUGCCGUCGAAGUUUCAUGAGGCGGUUGAUGAGGAUGUGCCUGUUCCUGUUCCUGUUGCCGCUGCAGCUGUGCCGGAUGAAGCGGCGAAGGAGUGGGAAGAGCAAACUUCGUCAAAGGUGGAUGUCGAGGAGCGGAAUAGUAAGGUUGCGGAGGCGUUGGAGGCUGCGAAUGUAUAGCCGAGAUUGGUUGGGGAAAGGAUGGGUGGGGGUCUUUAGAGCGAGCAUUUGCAUGGUUGAGGCGUUUGGUUCUGUGGAUUGAGUGCGUGAGUGAUUGGAAUUGAGAUGAGAUGGAAUGAGCUUUAUGAUUAAUAUGAUAAUGACUUAUGGUUUAUGCUCUGAAGGUGGGAUGGGAUGUAGAUGAUGUGAAAGUGAGGUGCGAGUGUCCGGAUCAGGGUAGGGGUUUAAGGUUUGAAAAUGUUUAUCUGGAGGUUGGUGAUUUGGUUCGAGUGAGAGUCCGACAAUCUUUCAGUUUUUCUGCGUUUAAGAUUGCGGCAGGAUUUCAAAGUUU